AUGGCAUCAGCUGAAUUAAAUUCAAAUUCUGACACUUUUGAAGAAUCAUCGAGUUUCUCGGAACAGGUCACUUCACCAAUUAUUCUUGGAUCUUUUACGCUUGGAUCACUAAUAUUUGUAUGUUUCUGGAGUUUAAUAGUUUGUGUGAGUGCAAUUUUUGCUGUUUUAUAUUUCAUCUUUAUUGGAUCGGUAUAUUCGUUUUGUGCGCUUGUAGAUAAUCAAUGUUUCGAUUUUACAGUUUUGCUUCCAGCUGUAGUUAGUCGAUUAACUAAUAAGAAGGUCGAUUUAACAUUUUGCAAGGAUAAAAAAGAAGCACUAUGUGCAGCCAAAUAUAAUCAAACGUGGUCCUUCAUUGGAUCUUUUCUAUGCGCUUUACUGGCACUCUUGGGCCUUAUUUAUUUCUUAAUGUGUAUGACGGCCAAUUAUGUUAGACAAGCUUUUUUGAAAAGUGAAGCGAAAAAGCUUUCUGAGGCGUUUUAUAAUUUUUCGGCAGAAUUUUUACUUAGAUUUUAUAACGUUAAUCAUGCACAGGCAACAAUAUUACUUACAUGCAAAUUUAGGUCAAAAGGAAUUAUAAAAACUUUAAAGCGGAGGCAGAAUGAUUUCAAGCAGUGUGUCGGUUCAAUUAAAAUUGAGCAUCAAGAAAUUCUAUCCUUUAGUGAAGAAUAA